GCUUUCCGCUCCCCGGGGUAGGUUUUGUUGGGUGAGCGGAAGUUCAGGCUGAGCCUGGUAGUUCCGAGUCGGACUGCCUUCCUGCCUGUGCUAACUCAGUCGUAGCAUCCCCACUCUAUUCUCCCUCCCGCCCAGCACCCCCAGUCGGCUCCGCGCGUAGCCGGAGGCCAGGCGCCAUGGCUCCUCGGGGGAGGAAGCGGAAGGCCGAGGCCACUGUGGUCGCGACGUCGGAGAAGCGGGAGGAACUGGAGAACGGCCGGGAACAGGUGGAAGAGGCGGUCGUCGUCAUUGAGCAUUGCACUAGCUGACGCGUCUACGGGCGCAACGCCGCGGCCCUGAGCCAGGCGCUGCGCCUGGAGGCCCCGGAGCUUCCCGUGAAGGUGAAUCCUUGCAAGCCCCGGAGGGGCAGCUUCGAGGUGACGCUGCUGCGCCCGGACGGCAGCAGUGCCGAGCUCUGGACUGGGAUUAAGAAGGGGCCCCCUCGCAAACUCAAAUUCCCUGAACCUCAAGAAGUGGUGGAAGAGUUGAAGAAGUACCUUUCGUAGGGCGGUUUGGGCAGAAGUCCUCAUGCUGAGCUGUCUCUGGUGAUGUUGGAGAAUUUAUGAUGGGACACGGCUAAACUUCAGUCAUGUACCUGAAGCCAUGGUUUCUUCCACUCCAGAAAUGAUGGUACAGAUGAGGCAACCUUCUAGUAAGGCAUUGUGAAAGUAUUUGAAUUUGGUUUGUUUAAUAAAAGGUUAAAUAAAGUA